GACCGAACUGCGCAUUCAAUUCUCCUACCAUCUUGACAUUAUUUCGUUGCCUGCCACCAUCCUCACUCUGUCACUUACCAUUCUACUCGGACUCGUGCUCAUCCAGGGUAUAGAUUCAACUUCAAUCACACUGCUUCAAAAAUUGUCACUCCGCAGCCAUGCCUGUGUCCGGACUCUCCGUCAACCCAGACUGUGUGUCUGCUUUCAACGAGUUGAAGCUCGGCCGUGGCGGACCUAAAUACAUCAUCUACAAGAUCUCCGAUGACCAGAAGGAAAUCGUGGUAGACGAGAUCGGCAAAGAGUCGGACUACGACACUUUCAGAGAGAAGCUCAUCUCCAAGAAGGAGAAGUCAGGCAAGGAUAGACCUUCAUAUGCCAUCUAUGAUGUCGAAUUUGAGCUCGAAGGUGGUGAGGGCAAAAGAUCCAAAAUCGCCUUCAUUACCUACAUCAACCAAGACAACACCAAUGUCAAAUCUCGCAUGGUCUACGCCAGCUCCCGUGAAACCUUGAAGAACGCUCUCAACGGCAUCGCAAUGAACUGGCAAGCGAACGACCCUGGCGAGUUGGAGUGGGCCGACCUGCUCAAGGAGGCAAGCAAAGGCAGGGGAACAAUCUAAGCAUGACAUUGACAUAUGAAUGGUUGGACAACGGAUGCGCGCCCCAGGCACUUGCUACAGUGGUAGCAGCGCUUGAUCCAGUGAAACAGUACGAAGCGGAGGUUUUUCUGUCGAGCAGGCAUGCUCUGUCAGGGUUGACUAUGCGCCGUUGAAGGAGCCGACAUCUCAUGCCGUGACGAUUACACAACCCCUCGCACUGAAGAAUCCGAGAUAGAUGGUCUUAAGCAAAAUCACAGCACUUUUUGCCUAUGAA